AUGAUCCAGUGCCAGCACCGAGGUUCACCUCCGUCGAGCACGUCGACGCCACUCUCGCAUCGAAUAAUCGCAUCUAUCACCAGCGCGGCUCAAUUCCAUCGGGUCAGGAAGAUUGCGGUGAAUGGAGAGCAUUUUUGUGCAUUUGGCUAUAGAUUAUCUCUCGAAGAUAUAAUAGCUCUAGAAAUUAAUGGGGCCAUUGAAGACAUCAGGAUUCGUCAACUUAAUCUACUUAUAUAUCCAGAUCCUAGUAUCUGCAGGCCAUCCAAAACAUUGAUCUUGACAACUGAAGAACCACUCAUGGAUUUUCUAGAUGUUCCUAUUACUGUGGAUAUUGGCAACGAAUUUCGCGUCGGUACUCGUCUAUUUAUUAAUGGCAGAUUAAAGUUGUUGCCACAUUCGUUUUAUGUCAAUUUACAAAAAGGUAAAACUAUUUAUCCGCAUCCCAUUAUACCGCUGCAUUUAAAUCCACGUUUUUUAUAUGGCAAUAGCGCGCCAUAUGUCGUCAUGAAUUGCUGGAACUGUGGCACAUGGGCUCAUGAAGAACGACAUCAAGGCCACUUAUCUUGGAUGCCCGGUCGAGACUUUUUGCUUAUAAUUCACUGUGAAUACGAGGGAUAUACAAUAUGGCUGGAUAAUAAGGUGAUUGGUGAAUUUGGACAUAGAAUGAAAUCAUCUAUCAUAGAUACUUUACGAAUCUCUGGUGACGUCGUGCUUUAUCAACUUAGUAUGAGUCAUAUUUGAUGGAUUACGAACAUACAACAUUUAUAAUAUAAAAAUUAAAGUUAUCGCCAGCAUUAAUAUUAUCCGAUGCGCACUACGGGGAGAUUGCUAGUCGGAAUUUGUGCAUCGUGUGUGUGCAUGCAUGCGUGCGUGUGUAUUAGGAAGGAGAUUUGUGUAUUUCAUUGUGCAUCCAGCUUAAUGAUGUUCCUCUACACUCGGCACGCAGCCGCUAUACAUCACGUACGUCGGUGUCUCUGGUAGCGCGGAGGAGAUCGUGGAGAGAAGGAAAAAA